AUGGAGAGAACGAGUGAGUCAGAGCUCUACGCUAACCUUUUUCCCAAGGAGCACACUAAGAAAUUUGGGAGCACAGUGAAAAAUGUUCAGGCACAGCAGAUGCUGUCAGCUUGUCAGGAAAAGAUCGAUGUGUCCAACACAGAAGGCUAUGAACUCUUUAUCACCCAGCUCAAAGAAGGCCUGAAGAAUACCUCACACGAGACUGCAGCCAAUCACAAAGUGGCCAAGUGGGCGACGGUGACCUUCCAUCUUCCCCACCACGUGCUGAAGCUGGUGGCCAGCGCCAUCGUCAAUGAGCUGAAGAAGAUCAACCAGAACAUAGCUGCCUUGUCUGUGGCCUCAUCCAUCAUGGACAGGCUCUCCUACCUCUUGUCAAGCGCCAGGCCUGAGCUUGGGGUGGGCCCCGGGCGCUCUGUAGAUAGAUCUCUGAUGUACAGUGAGGCCAACAGGAGGGAGACAUUUACAUCGUGGCCACAUGCUGGGUACAGGUGGGCUCAGCCUGAUCCCAUGGCUCAGGCAGGGUUUUACCACCAGCCGGCCUCAACAGGGGACGACAGAGCCAUGUGUUUCACCUGCAGUGUGUGUCUGGUCUGUUGGGAACCUACAGAUGAGCCGUGGUCCGAACAUGAGCGGCAUUCUCCCAAUUGUCCGUUUGUGAAGGGUGAGCAUACACAGAAUGUGCCGCUAUCAGUGACACUGGCAACCAGCCCUGCCCAGUUUCCCAACAGCCCUGACAGUUCGGACAAAAUCGUGUGCUACGGCUUUGGCAGCUGCCCGCAGUUCCUGGCUGCUGCCACCAAGAGGGGCAAGAUCUGCAUCUGGGAUGUCUCCAAAAUGAUGAAGGUGCACUUGAAGUUUGACAUCAAUCCAUACGACCCGGCUAUCCUGAGGCAGCUGAUCCUGUGUGGUGGUGAGCAGAGCCAGCAGACACUGAUCGAGUCUCGGAGACCAACGCUGGCCUGGCUCGAGGAGUCAUCCUCCUGCUCUGACCUGCCAAAGCUAGAGGGAGACAGUGAUGACCAGUUGGAGGAUUCAGACAGUGAUGAGCAUUCCCGAUCAGAGUCAGUAACAGGCCAGCAGUCCCAGUGGGAGAGCAUGGAUGUGAGCCUUGGAGUGACAGCGCUGAGUGUGCUCCAGCAGCCAGAGAAGCUCCAAUGGGAGGUGGUGGCCAGUGUGCUGGAGGACACGGUCAAGGACCUGGAGGAGCUCGGCGCCAAUCCCUCACUAAACCAAACCAAGGCCCACAGCCAGGCCAAAGCAAAGGACAAAGUCCCUGACCACCACAACAUUCCUUUCCCCUGCCUUCUGGCUGGAGGCCUGCUCAGCUACCGCUCAGCAUCCAGCACCCCAAUGGCUGGACCCCCGCCCACAGCCCCAGCUACAACACGCAGGACCACAGAUGGUCCCCUUAGGACUCAGGGCCCUGAGCCGUUCCACCCUGGACCUCUACAGGACCAGGGCCCCAUGGAGAUAGAGACCUGCAACCCCCAGACUGCAGCCCAGGAGCAGGGCUUCUCUAGCCUCGCAGGCUCCCAACCUCCAAGCCCCAGUUCUCUACCAGCUAUGCGUAGGACUAUACCUGUGCUGCUGCUGUACAGUAUCAGAGAGGUGGAUGACAAGUCCUCAGGGCAGGUGUUUGCGCAAAUGAACAACUUAAUGAGCAAGGGCCUCCACGAGGAGGGCUUCACUGUGCCACAGAUUAUAGAGAUGGAGUUCGACACGCACGAGCAGCUUCUUCUUCAGGAUCCUCCCAUCACGUAUAUUCAGCAGUUUGCUGAUGCAGCAACUAAUCUGGCAGGGUUAGACGGCCACGCAGACAAAUGGAGCACACUGGGUACAGCAACGCUCUCCACCCCGCCUCGACCUGGAGCGCUGGUGCAGUGCUUGAGGCUGCCCAAACAGCUGGAAGACGAGAAUCUUUAUGUGGACUCGAUCACGCCCUGCUGGGACGGUGUGCAUCUUCUGGUCGGCCUACAGCCAUCUGGCGCUGAAUCUCUGAGCGCUACAAACCAAGUGGAGGCUCUCAACAAUCUCAACCGUCUGCACUCUGCUCUCUGCAGCCAGCGCAAAGGAGACCCCCUACACCCGGUGGCCAACGGGGUAGAAGGCCACCUCCCAGGUGGAUCACCGCCUCUGACACCCCUCAUUCUGCCCCCAGGCGACCAGCAGCAGAUACAACAGAGGUCCCCGAGUGGUGGGAAUGGAGGCUACCUUGCACUCUACAAGCUCAACUACUCCACCCGAAUUGUCACCUUGGAGGAGGAACCUAUCAAAGUGCAGCAGAUCUGGGACCCUUGUGAUGCCAUCACCUCACUUAUAUUGCUUCCUCCAGAUGUGCUUGAUAGCAGAGAGGAUGACAGUGAAGAGGCUCCUGAGGAGGCUCUCCCCUCUGGGUCAAAAAAUGGUUCAUCUGGGUUUGGAACGGGCCCAGCAGGCUCUGCUGGCUCUGGUACUGGGACUGCAUGCGGAGCAGCCACAUCCAGCAGCAGUGCUGCAGUCACCAGUCCCUCCACCUCUGCCACCAGCCACAAAGAGUGCAAGCGGAUAGAGGUGGCAGGCCUGGGUCACCUGGUGGUGACCACACGGGCGGGGUACAUUAUGAUACUGGACCUGUCCACGUUGGAGGUCCUGGCCAAGGUGGAGCCACCUAAAAAGGAGGGGUCAGCAGAGGAGACGGACCCCUUUGUCUCAGUUACCUAUUGCUCUGGGACCGACCGCCUUUGUGCCUGUACCAAAGGUGGAGAACUUCAUUUCCUUCAAAUUGGAGGUGUGUGUGACGAUAUAGAUGAUGGAGACAUGUUUAUUGAUGGCCCCCUUUUUAAAGGGGCUGAACUGCUGCUUGAGGGGGCCAAGCCCUCCUCCAACCCCUCUAGCCCUGGGAUCACAGGAGUGGACCUCCUUGUGGACCAACCUCUGACCACAGAGAGCCUGAUGUCGCUGGUGGAGCUGACACGCUUCGAGACGUUGACCCCCCGCUUCUCGGCCACAGUGCCACCGUGCUGGGUGGAGGUGCAACAAGAGCAGCAGCAGCGACGCCACCCACAGCACCUUCACCAGCAGCACCAUGGAGAUGCAGCCCAACACACCCGCACAUGGAAGCUUCAGAGUGACAGCUCCAGCUGGGACGAGCAUGUAUUUGAGUUGGUGUUGCCCAAGGCCUGCAUGGUGGGCCACGUGGACUUCAAGUUUGUCCUGAAUGCCAACAUCGUCAACAUUCCUCAGAUCCAGGUCACUUUACUGAAGAACAAAGCACCCGGGCUGGGCAAAGUCAGCGAGACAGCGGUGGACAGACAGAUCUCGUUCCCUCUUUCUAACAUCCUCCAUGCCAACGGGGAGAGGAAUGGUCAGCCUCUGCUCCAUGACUUCACAGAGGACAUACAGUUUAUGGACAUAGAGGAGACAUCAGGCUCCAUGCUGUGUCCAUUCUUGGAAGACCACAAGGAGGACAUCCUGUGUGGUCCAGUGUGGCUGGCCAGUGGGCUGGACCUCUCUGGUCACGCGGGCAUGCUCAGCCUCACCAGCCCCAAGCUGGUCAAAGGCAUGGCAGGAGGGAAGUACCGCUCCUUCCUGGUCCACAUCAAAGCAGUGAGUGACAGGGGCAUGGAGGAGAGUCCCCGGCCUGUGUUGAGAAUGCCCUGUGCAAAGCCCCAGGGCACCAAAGCCCACUCACUGUCUACCCUGCUGCAACGGGCUCAGGCCUCUAAGGAGAAGGUCUCUGCAGUGAAGACGGAGAGCCCAGCACCUUCGAAGAAAGUAGAAAACCUGCAAGGCUGUGACCUGCUGCAGGAAGUUUCAGUCACAAUCAGAAGGUUUAAGAAGACGUCAGUACCUAAAGAAAGGGUCCAAAGAUGUGCUAUGCUGCAGUUCUUAGACUUCCAUGAGAAGCUGCUGGACGCGCUGUGUCAGAGGACAGAGGGCAGCUCGGCCACCGAGCACGCCCAAAGCCUCAUUCUAGACAUCUUGUGUUGGCUGGCUGGGGUUUUCUCCAACGGACCCUGCAGCUUAAGAGAAGGAAAGGAGGGCCUGCUGGUGAAAACCCGGACGCGGCUAACCGAUAUUGUGAGGAUGUGUUUCUUCGAGGCCGGCCGGAGCAUAGCGCACAAAUGUGCUCGCUUCCUUGCACUUUGUAUUAGCAAUGGGAAGGGGGACCCAAGUCAACAGGGUUUUGGCGCAAGUCUUCUGAAGGCUCUGCUGGACAAUAUGCCUUACUUGCCUGCAGCAGCAACAGGUGGCUCAGUGUUCUGGUACUUUGUGUUGCUGAACUAUGUAAAGGAAGAGGACCUGGCGGGCUGCAGCACCUCCUGCGCCUCCCUGCUCACCGCCAUCUCUCGACAGCUGCAGGACCGCCUCACCCCACUGGAGGCACUGCUGCAGACCAGGUACGGCCUGUACAGCUCUCCCUUGGACCCGGUGCUCUUUGACCUUGAGGUCAGUGGUUCCUCCUGUAAGAAUGCCUUCAACAGCAGCAUCGGAGUCCAGUCAGAUGAGAUUGACCUCUCUGACAUUCUCUCAGGGAAUGGAAAAGUGAGCAGCUGUGCAGCAGCAGAGGGCAGCUUUACAGCGUUAACAGGACUCCUGGAGGUGGAGCCUUUGCACUUUACUUGUAUCUCCACUAGUGAUGGCACACGGGUGGAGCGAGAUGACGCCAGCAUGUUCACUGUGAGUACAUUUGGCGUGACGCCUGCGGUGGGCGGCCUGUCAACGGGAACGGUUGGUGAAGCUUCUACAGCGCUGAGCUCUGCUGCCCAGGUGGCACUUCAAUCACUGUCCCACGCCAUGGUGUCUGCGGAGCAGCAGCUUCAGGUCCUGCAGGAGAAACAACAGCAACUGCUGAAGCUGCAGCAGCAGAAGGCCAAGCUUGAGGCCAAGCUGCAUCAGACCACCUCUGCAGCCGCCGCCGCCUCAGGCGUGGGGCCCAUCCACAACUCUGUGCCUUCCAACCCCUCCUCCGCUCCGGGCUUCUUCAUUCACCCCUCUGAUGUCAUCCCUCCGACACCUAAGACCACGCCCCUCUUCAUGACCCCUCCUCUCACGCCGCCCAAUGAGGCGGUGUCGGUGGCCUUCAGCGCUGAGCUGGCUCACCUGUUCCCUGGCUCCAUGAUGGACCCUGGGCCUGUUAACCUGGCUGCACACAAGAACACACAGAAAGCCAAGCCGAGCCCCAUGGGCAGUGGUCUGGCAUUGGCCAUUUCCCAGGCAUCUCACUUCCUGCAACCUCCUCCACACCAGUCCAUCAUCAUAGAGCGGAUGCACUCUGGAGCUCGUCGCUUUGUAACGCUGGAUUUUGGCCGUCCCGUCCUGUUGACUGAUGCUCUGAUCCCUACCUGUGGCGACCUGGCCUCUCUGUCCAUAGACAUCUGGACACUGGGUGAAGAGGUGGAUGGACGCAGGCUGGUGGUGGCUACCGACAUCAGCACCCACUCCCUCAUUCUGCACGACCUGCUGCCACCACCUGUCUGCAGGUUCAUGAAGAUCACUGUGAUUGGGCGCUAUGGCAGCACCAAUGCUCGAGCAAAGAUCCCACUGGGCUUCUACUAUGGCCACACUUACAUCCUGCCGUGGGAAAGCGAACUUAAGUUGAUGCACGACCCUCUGCGGGGAGAGAGCGAGGCGGCCAGUCAGCCAGAUGUGGAUCAGCACCUGACCAUGAUGGUGGCGCUGCAGGAGGACAUCCAGUGCAGGUACAACCUAGCUUGCCAUCGGCUGGAGACCCUUCUGCAGAACAUAGACCUGCCGCCUCUCAACAGCGCUAACAAUGCCCAAUACUUCUUACGAAAACCAGACAAAGUGGUGGAGGAGGACCAGCGCGUUUUCUCAGCCUACCAGGACUGCAUCCAGCUGCAGCUGCAGCUUAACCUGGCUCACCACGCCGUCCAGCGGCUGCGCGUGUCACUGGGCGCCAGCCGCAAGUUGCUCCCUACAGCCGGGCCUCCAGAGUCCCUGGAGCUGGUCCACAGCUCCUCUACAGAGCAGCUGAGGACAAUCAUCCGCUACCUGCUGGACACGCUGCUCAGCCUGCUGCACUCCAACAACGGCCACUCUGUUCCCUCAGUGCUUCAGAGUACCUUCCAUGCCCAGGCCUGCGAGGAGCUCUUUAAACACCUUUGCAUCAGUGGAACACCUAAGAUCCGUCUUCACGCCGGCCUGUUAUUGGUGCAGCUCUGUGGAGGCGAGCGUUGGUGGGGCCAGUUCCUCUCCAACGUACUGCAGGAGCUCUACAACUCUGAGCAGCUGCUUAUCUUCCCUCAGGACAGGGUGUUCAUGCUCCUGUCCUGCAUUGGCCAAAGGUCCUUGAGUAACAGCGGUGUGUUGGAGGGCCUCCUUAACCUCCUGGACAGACUGCUGUCUCCACUGCAGCAGCCACAAGCUGCUGCCCAGCGCAGGACUGAAGGUGUUUUGGAUAUCCCCAUGAUCAGCUGGGUAGUGAUGUUGGUUUCCAGGCUGCUGGACUAUGUAGCCAGUAUAGAAGAUGAGGCCUCAGGUGGGAAGAAGCAUCUUGGAGGGAAAGAGCGGGAGAGAACUUUUACAGGUAUUCAGUGGAGCUUUAUAAAUAACAGCCUGCAGUCUCAGAACUCCAGCAGGUCAGCUAAAGGCAGCAGUAGCCUGGAUCGACUUUAUUCCCGCAAGAUUCGCAAGCAGCUCGUCCAUCACAAGCAGCAGUUAAAUCUAUUGAAAGCAAAACAGAAAGCUUUGGUGGAGCAGAUCGAGAAGGAGAAGAUCCAGAGCAACAAAGGCUCCUCCUACAAACUGCUGGUGGAACAGGCCAAGCUCAAACAAGCCACAUCCAAGCACUUUAAAGACCUUAUCCGUCUGCGGCGGACGGCUGAAUGGCCCCGCUCCACGUUGGACACAGAAUCCACAACAGCCAAAGAAGCCCCAGAAGUAGAACCUCUGCCUUUUACGCUGUCCCAUGAGCGCUGCAUCUCUGUGGUGCAGAAGCUGGCCCUCUUCCUCCUUUCCAUGGACUUCACCUGCCACGCGGACCUGCUGCUCUUUGUUUGCAAGGUUCUUGCUAGGAUAGCCAACGCCACAAGACCCACAAUCCAUCUGUGUGAGGUGGUAUCUGAGCAGCAGCUGGAGCGUCUGCUGCUCCUGCUUGUGGGGACGGACUUUAACCGGGGGGAUAUCUCCUGGGGGGGCGCCUGGGCGCAGUAUUCCCUCACAUGUAUGCUACAGGAUAUCCUGGCAGGUGAACUGCUGUCUCCUGGCUCUCUGGAUGUGAUGGAUGAUGUGGCGGUGGGUGAGGAGGCCGGGGCAUCGUCCUCCUCAGCGGGGGCAGACUCGGACGACUCCCUGCCCCACCCGACACCUAUUCCUCUGGUAGAGAGCAUUGAUGAGGCCCUGGUGCCUGAUAUCAUCGCAGGUGCUCCACCUCUAUCAUCUUUGGAAAAAGAUAAAGACAUAGACUUUGACUUGCUACAAGACCUGAUGGAUGUUGAUAUUGAUCCUUUAGAUAUUGAUUUGGAAAAAGAUCCACUUGCUGCCAAAGUGUUUAAGCCUAUAAGCAGCACCUGGUAUGACUACUGGGGUGCUGACUAUGGCACGUACGGGUACAACCCGUACAUUGGAGGGGUUGGUAUCCCAGUGUCCAAACCACCAGUUGCUGCUGAAAAGCCCGGCUCCCAGGGUCUGUCGGUCUCUGUGUCACAGGCACUGGAUGCCCGGCUAGAAGUGGGCUUGGAGCAGCAGGCUGAGCUGAUGCUCAAAAUGAUGGCAACUCUACAGGCUGACUCCAUUCUACAGGCGCUCACUUCAAGCUCAUCCACAGUGAGCCAGCCCUCCAACGGGACUGAUGACUCCCUGCUGAGGGCUCUCCAUGGAGGAGGCUCUCCUCCAGGCAGCAGCCUGAUGGUCCAGCCCUCGUCCAUCCCCAUGUUGAGUGCCUGCUUCAACAAGCUCUUCUCCAUGCUGCAGGUCCACCACGUACAGCUGGAGUCCCUGCUGCAGCUGUGGCUAACCCUGAGUCUCAACACUUGUUCCGGUGGCAGUGAGGAGAGCGGCUCAGACAUCUUCCUGUUCAACGCCAGCCGAGUGCCCACCAUCCCGCUCAACCAAGCAUCCAUCAGUAGUUUCCUGACAGUGCUGGCUUGGUACCCCAACACCUCCCUGAGAACGUGGUGUCUGGUGCUGCACUCUCUCACCCUGAUGACUAACAUGCCAGCCUGCGGCUCCAGCAACGGGAUGAGCUCUCAGGAAAGCACAGCACAGCAGAUGGUGUCUGACCCCACCCUGGUUCAUGUUCUGGUGCGCUUCCUGUCCGGCAGCAGCAGCAGCAACGGGACGAGCCAGCACAGCUCUCAGGUGGGACCCACCGCCACACAGGCCAUGCACGAGUUUUUGAGCCGCCUGCAGGUCCACCUGUCCUCCACCUGUCCGCAGAUGUUCAGCGAAUUCCUUCUCAAACUGAUGCACAUCCUGUCUACUGAGAGGGGGCCGUUCCAGUCAGGCCAGGGUCCGCUGGACGCCCAGGUGAAGCUGCUGGAGUGUACUCUUGAGCAGAACUUUGAGGUGGUGUCGGUGGCCACCAUCUCCUCCGUCAUCGAGUCCAUCACAUUCUUAGUUCACCACUACAUCACCUGCUCAGACAAACUCGUGUCCCGCAGUGGCUCCGACAGCUCUGUGGGCGCCCGGGCUUGUUUCGGGGGUCUGUUUGCCAACAUCAUCCGGCCAGGAGACGCUAAGGCGGUUUGUGGAGAGACGACCCGUGACCAGCUGAUGUUUGACCUCCUCAAGCUGGUCAACGUGCUGGUGCAGCUGCCUCUGUCUGGGGACAGGGAGUUUAGUGGACGGCUGCCUCCAGCCGGCAGUGGGGCGGCUGACAGCAGCGUGUCGGACGAGGAGAAGGUCUGUGGCAGCAAAGAAAGCGUGGCCGGUGGAUCCGGGUCCAGUCAGGGUCCUCCUGCAGGUGUAGCCGACCUGGUGUUGGCCAAUCAACAGAUCAUGAGCCAGAUCUUGUCAGCACUGGGCCAGUGCAACAGCAGUGCCAUGGCCAUGAUCAUAGGAGCCAGCGGUCUCCACUUGACUAAACAUGAGAACUUCCAUGGCGGUCUGGAUGCCAUCUCAGUAGGUGACGGUCUCUUCACCAUCCUCACCACGCUCAGCAAGAGGGCCACCUCAGUGCAGGUCAUGUUACAGCCCAUCCUCACAUACAUGGCCUGUGGUUAUAUGGGCAGACAGGGGUCUCUUUCCACCUGUCAGCUGUCAGAGCCUCUGCUGUGGUUCAUCCUCCGAGUGUUGGACACCAGUGAGGCUCUUAAGGCCUUCCAUGACAUGGGUGGUGUGCAGUUGAUCUGUAACAACAUGGUGACCAGCACCCGGGCCAUUGUGAACACAGCACGCAGCAUGGUGUCCACCAUCAUGAAGUUCUUAGAUUCAGGUCCUGGAAAGGCAGCAGACGGCAACCUGAAAACCAGAGUGAUGACCUCAGAGCCAGACAACGCAGAGGGACUCCACAACUUUGCUCCUUUAGGGACCAUCACAUCCAGCAGUCCCACAGCGCAGCCUGCAGAGGUCCUCCUCCAAGCCACACCCCCCCACCGCCGGGCCCGCUCUGCAGCUUGGUCCUACAUCUUUUUGCCAGAGGAGGCCUGGUGUGACCUCACCAUCCACCUUCCUGCUGCUGUGCUGCUGAAAGAGCUCCACAUCCAGCCACACCUUGCCUCUCUAGCCACCUGCCCGUCCUCUGUUUCGGUGGAGAUCAGCGCUGAUGGGGUCAACAUGUUGCCACUCUCUACGCCAGUCAUCACCAGCGGCCUGACGUAUAUAAAGAUCCAGUUGGUGAAGGCUGAGGUUGCAUCGGCUGUUUGCCUGAGGCUACACCGGCCUCGUGAUGCCAGCACUCUGGGUCUGUCUCAGAUCAAACUCUUGGGACUGACUGCUUUUGGUAACACCUCCUCUGCAACUGUCAAUAACCCAUUCCUGCCUUCUGAGGACCAGGUCUCUAAAACCAGCAUCGGGUGGCUACGUCUUCUCCACCAUUGCCUGACCCACGUCAGUGACCUGGAGGCCAUGAUGGCCAGUGCUGCAGCACCUACCGCCAACCUGCUGCAGACCUGCGCCGCGCUGCUCAUGUCACCUUACUGUGGCAUGCACUCGCCCAACAUUGAGGCUGUGCUGGUCAAGAUCGGCCUACAGUCCACUCGUAUCGGACUCAAACUCACUGACAUUCUGCUGAGGAACUGUGCUGCAUCUGGCACAGAUCCUGCCAAUUUGAACAGUCCUCUGCUGUUUGGGCGACUGAACGGCCUCUCCUCAGACUCCACCAUCGAUAUUCUGUACCAGCUGGGCACCACACAGGACUCUGGAACCAAAGACAGGAUCCAGGCUCUUCUCCAGUGGGUCCAUGACUCUUCGCGGGUGGCUGCCCACAAGAUGAGCGGCCCCAUGGGUUACGCUGGUGCCAGUGGUGGCUCUUCCUCUGCUUCAUUGAGGGAAUACGGCCUCCUCAUGCCUUCGCCCUCCCACCUCCACUGCGUGGCAGCCAUCCUGUGGCACAGCUAUGAGCUGCCUGUUGACUACGACCUGCCUGCACUGCUCAACAGAGAGCUCUUUGAGCUGCUGUACAACUGGUCCAUGUCGUUGCCGUGCAACAUUGUGCUGAAGAAGGCCGUGGACAGCCUGCUGUGUUCCAUGUGUCACAUCCACCCCAGCUACUUCUCCCUGCUCAUGUCCUGGAUGGGGAUCGUGUCAGUGCCUAGCGCCAGUCACUCUCAAGCCCAGCACCACCGCCUCUCCAUGACCGACGACGGCAAAAAGCAGCAUGACGCCAACACCAGCACUGCAGGACUUACAGAUGACUCCAAGCAUGCGAGACCCCCAGUUAAUCUGUCAGAGUCCCAGUUAACUACGCUGGCAGCAGCCUCCCAGUCUCCAGGAGCCAUAGAGCAACUGCUGGACUCAGGCUUACCCUCACUGCUGGUUCGUAGCCUGGCCCAGUUCUGCGUUGGUCUCCUGGCCAGUGCCGACCUUCCUCUGCCCGCUGCUCAGGCAGAAAGAAGACACCACCAUCACCACUAUCACUCACACAGUCGGCCGCCUCUGGCUGCAGAGCUGGCCGCUCCAGUGCUGCGCUUCCUGACUGAAGUGGGCAACAGUCAUGCCAUGAAAGACUGGUUGGGGGGACCAGAGGUCAACCCGCUGUGGACAGCACUGCUCUUCCUGCUGUGCCACUCCAGUGCCAGUGCCGGUGCCAAUGCAGGCUGUCAGCCUCUGGGCUCUGGAUCUGCCGCAUGUACCCCUCCAUCCCAGCCUCAGCCUUCAGGGUCACGCUUCUCCCUGGUGUCUUCUGGGCAGGCAGGAGGACUCACCACCCAGCAGAGGACAGCUCUGGAGAAUGCCACUGUGGCCUUCUUUCUCCAGUGUAUCUCCUGCCAUCCUAACAACCAGCGGCUCAUGGCACAGGUUCUCUGUGAGCUCUUCCAGUCUGCACCCCAGCGAAGCAACGUGCCGAUCUCUGGAAACAUCUCGGGCUUCAUUCGAAGGCUUUUCCUGCAGCUCAUGUUGGAGGACGAGAAGGUCACAGUCUUCCUACAGUCUCCCUGUCCGUUAUACAAAGGACGCAUCAAUGCCACCAGCCACAUGAUCCAACAUCCCAUGUAUGGAGCAGGGCACAAGUACCGCACCCUCCAUCUGCCCAUCUCCACUACGCUAGCUGAAGUCCUGGACCGGGUCUCUGACACACCCAGUAUUACAGCUAAGCUGAUCAAUGAGCAGAAAGAGGACAAGGAGAAGAAGAAUCAUGAGGAGAAGGAGAAGAUGAAAGCAGACAGCGGCUUCCAGGACAACUACAGUGUUGUUGUGGCCUCAGGCUUAAAGUCCCAGUCCAAGCGAGCCCUUUCAACCCCUCCUAGACCUCCAUCAAGGAGGGGUCGCGUGAUGAGCGACAAGUUGACUGCUUCGUCUGGUGUAGACCCCUCAGCCAAAACCAUCAGUGUACCGGUCUUCCACCUUUACCACAAGCUGCUUCCAGGUCAGCCCCUCCCACCUGAGAUGACCCUGGCCCAGCUCCUGACACUCCUGUAUGACCGCAAGCUGCCACAGGGCUACCAGUCCAUCAACCUGACUGUAAAACUGGGCUCCAAGGUCAUCUCUGACCCUGGCCUUUCUAAGACGGACUCCUUCAAGAGACUACGCACUGAGAAAGUGGAUCACUGUGACUUGCUGAACAGCUGUCCAGAGGACGAACCAAUGACGGCCAGUGAAGAUUGUCUGGACGCUGCCACUGAUGAGUCCCUGCUGGAGACCAACCCCAUCCAGUCACCGCUGCAGGUCUUUGCAGGAAUGGGUGGCCUUGCCCUAAUCGCAGAGAGGCUGCCCAUGCUCUACCCUGAUGUCAUUCAGCAGGUCAGCGCCCCAGUGGUGGCCUCCGCCACACAGGAGAAGCCCAAGGACAACGACCAGUUUGAGUGGGUAACCAUCGAGCAGUCGGGCGAGCUGGUGUACGAGGCACCAGAGUCAAUCGCCGCCGAGCCACCACCAAUCAACAAGCAGCAGUCCCAGUCCUCCUCAUCAUCCUCAACCUCAGUGCAGACCAUGUCACCCAUCCCUGCCCAUUCACUGGCUGCUUUCGGCCUGUUCCUGCGCCUGCCAGGGUACGCAGAGGUGCUACUGAAGGAGAGGAAGCACGCCCAGUGUCUGCUGCGCCUGGUGCUGGGUGUCACCGACGAUGGAGAAGGCAGUCAUAUCCUCCAGUCUCCGUCAGCCAAUGUGUUGCCCACGCUGCCAUUCCACGUCCUGCGAGCGUUGUUCAGCAGCACUCCUCUGACCACUGAUGACGGUGUGCUGCUACGCCGCAUGGCUCUGGAGAUUGGUGCCAUCCACCUCAUCCUGGCCUGUCUGUCGGCUCUCAGCCACCACGCCCCCCGCAACCCCAACGCCAGCACCAGUGUGUCAGAGCCACAGAUAUCCAGUUGUCACGGUGGGGGGACCAGUGAGGAGCAGCAGUUGUACUGGGCUAAAGGGACUGGUUUUGGUACUGGAUCCACAGCCUCAGGCUGGGACGUGGAGCAGGCCCUAACCAAACAACGGCUAGAAGAGGAACACGUCACCUGUCUACUGCAGGUCUUGGCAAGCUACAUUAACCCAGCAGGCUCCAGCAGCUGCCACAGUGCUGAUGCAUCCUCAGCAGACAGCAGAGCCCACAACAGCUCAGCACUGCCAGCAGUGCUGCAGGAGCUACUGAGCCAGUCCUGCCUCAUCCCUGCCAUGUCCUCCUACCUACGCAACGACUCCGUUCUGGAUAUGGCACGCCAUGUGCCCCUAUAUCGGGCACUACUGGAGCUACUGAGGGCCAUUUCCACCUGCACGGCCCUGGUUCCUCUGCUGCUGCCUCUCUCCGGAGACCCAGGGCAGGACGAGGAGGAAGAGGAUGAAGAACAUUCUGAGGGACAGACCUCUGUUGGGAUGCUGCUGGCCAAGAUGAAGACCUGCGUGGACACAUACACCAAUCGCCUUAGGUCAAAGAAAGAUAAGAGUAAAGGUGUUGUGAAGACAGAUCCCUCAGAUCCAGAGCCUGAGGGUUUGACUCUGCUGGUUCCUGACAUCCAGAGGACAGCUGAGAUAGUCUACGCUGCUACUACCAGCCUACGGCAGGCCAACCAGGAGAGGAAGCUGGUGGAGUCCUCAAGGAAGGCAUCAAGUCGUCCCAAGCCCCUGUCCAUUCUUCGCUCUCUAGAGGAAAAAUACGUAGCUGCCAUGAAGAAGCUGCAGUUUGACACCUUUGAAAUGGUCUCAGAGGACGAGGAUGGAAAAGUGAUGUUCAAAGUCAACUACCACUACAUGUCUCAGGUGAAGAAUGCUAGUGAUACAAACAGUGCAGCACGAUCCCGCCGCCUUGCCCAGGAGGCCGUCACCUUGUCCACCUCUUUGCCCUUGUCAUCCUCCUCCAGUGUCUUUGUCCGCUGUGAUGAGGAGAGGCUGGACAUCAUGAAGGUUCUCAUCACAGGCCCAGCAGACACCCCGUACGCCAACGGCUGCUUUGAGUUUGAUGUGUAUUUUCCCCAGGACUAUCCCAACUCACCUCCACUAGUCAACCUGGAGACCACCGGCGGACACAGUGUGCGCUUUAACCCUAACCUCUACAAUGAUGGCAAAGUAUGUUUAAGUAUCCUCAACACAUGGCAUGGGAGACCAGAGGAGAAAUGGAACCCACAGACCUCAAGCUUUUUACAGGUGCUAGUGUCUGUGCAGUCCCUCAUUCUGGUGGCUGAGCCCUACUUCAAUGAGCCAGGGUAUGAACGCUCCCGCGGGACCCCCAGUGGCACGCAGAGCUCUCGGGAAUACGAUGGCAACAUCCGGCAGGCCUCUGUCAAAUGGGCUAUGCUUGAGCAGAUGCGUAACCCCUCCCCAUGCUUCAAAGAGGUGAUACACAAACACUUCUACCUGAAGCGAACAGAGAUUAUGUCUCAGUGUGAGGAGUGGAUUGCUGACAUCCAGCAGUACAGCAGCGACAAGAGAGUCGGCCGCACCAUGUCCCAUCAUGCUGCUGCACUAAAGAGACACACAGCUCAGCUCAGAGAGGAACUUCUGAAGCUCCCCUGCCCCGAAGGUCUGGAGCCCGACGGCGACGAGUUCUCAGAGAGGAGCACUGCCCUCAUCCUCAAAGAGCUGCCCAGUCAGGAUGCAGAGAAGCCGUGUGGCAGUCAGGACAGCCACAGCAGCGAGGGCCAGCUAUGAGUCUCUGCCCCUCACCCCCCUCCCCUCCCAGCAUCUCCACCCCUCCUCCUUAUGAUAAUUACUCUCAAAAAGACUUGAUGGCUUCAGAGCACAAGCCUCCACUUUGUCAAUAUUUGUAUGUAAAGAUCUAAUAGCAACAUAGCAGAGAACGAAGUGACGCGGGGAACCAGAACGCAAUGAGAUGAACUCUGAACUAUGCUACACCCUUAUUGAAAACAGUUGACAAAAACUUUUAUUUACCUGUAAAAGAGUGUAAACAUUUUGUGCUUUUUUCCAAUUGUGAAAUAACCACUGAUUGGUAUGUUAUUAAACUUGUUUAUGUAUACAUAAUGGCAGAGGAAAAUUACAGAUUAUAUAAGGGAAACUACCUUUAGAGAAGAAUGUUUACUGAAUGUUAAUUUCCUUUUUUUUUUUGGACUGUUAGAGGGAGAACAGCUGUAACCAAGGAUAUAUUGGUCAUUCUUUAAGGAUACUAUUUAAAACAAUGAGAGAAAAAGAAUACACACAGAUUACAGAAUCUGAGAUAAAAAGCCCCUCUGAUCAUCCGCUGCUUCAUUUCCUUUCUCUAGGAUCACAUCCACUUCAAUAAAGGCUGAGAUGGACAUUCUUAAAUGCUAUGUUAUCCCUUUUACAGGCUCUAAAUUAAAAAGCUCCAUGCUCUGGAUCAACAUUUGUUGCCUCUAAGAACUUCUCCAUGACUGUUUUCCAUUAACGUGACUGUAGAUCAUAAGACUGUGUCAGAGCAACAUGGGAAAUGUAUUUUGAAGGCUUGUGCAUGUGUAUGUGUGUUUUCUGUGCGUGUGCAACAAUCCCCAGUGAGAUACAAAGCUGUGAUGUGCCUUUGAUCUACACCAUACCACCAAAUACUCCAACAGAGUACCUUUACUGAUUUCUUUGCUAUUUCUACAAAAUUAAUAAUUCUGCUCCGUCUGACAUAAAAACUGCUUUGAUCUUUUUUUAUUAUGUUGAACUCCAGUGAACAAAAAUGCACUUUCUAUUUUACUCACUCCUUAGAACAGUCACAUACUCCUUUUGCUAGGACAUUAAAUGGAGCUUGAAAGUA